AUGCGCCCAUCUCUAAUUCUAAUUUUAGCCUGCCCGAGCCACGCCUUCCCGCGGCUCGUCGCGAGUGGAGACGCAAAGGACGACGACCACCGCAUCUGCGCCGACAAGGACGAGAACUGCGCCGGCUGGGCUGCAACGGGUGAGUGUGAGGCAAACCCGAGCUUCAUGCUGGCCAGCUGCGCGGACUCGUGCACACACUGCAGGCAGGGCCGACCUGGCGAGAUGCGCUCGCGCGAGGAGCGGCUCAAGCGGAGAGACAAUGCGUGCGACGACCUCGACGAUGACUGCGAGGCGAGGGCCGCGGCCGGCGCGUGCCACGACGGCUCCGACGGUCUGGUGCGCUGCCCGUCCUCGUGCCGAGUGUGCAGAUUCAAGCGAGUGGUUGGCGAGGCGUUUGAUUGCGGCUCCUUCUCGUCCCAGGGCAGCGCUCGCCGGCCCGCCCUGUGUGUGGAGGAGGAGGUGCCGCACGAGCGCUACUUUGAGCCCUUCCAAAUCCUGCGGUACGAGCCGGGCCAGUUCUACCGCGUGCACCACGACCAGAACUGCGGCCUCUUCACACCACAGGGCGCGCGAGUGUACACCUUCUUCAUGUAUCUGUCGACGCCCGAGCGCGGCGGCGGGACGCGCUUCGCCGACAUCGACGAGACCGUGCCCGCCGUCAAGGGCUCCGCGGUGCUGUGGCCGUCGGUGCGGAACGACGACCCUGACGAGGACGAGCCGAGGACCCACCACGAGGGGCUGCCGCCCGACGUCGGCGUCAAGUACGCCGCAAACGUGUGGGUACACAACUACGACUACCGGACGCCUUCGGCGAAUGGUUGCCCCUUUUGCUAUAAGAACACGAGAACGAAAAAAAUUCUGUAA